AUUUUCUUAAUAGAUUCCAACAAUCGUGCGAUUUGAACAAUAACAAUGUUCUGGAGUUAAUUUUUUGACCCCGAAACCUUAUUAAUUAAAACCAUAGAUUCAAACGGUUUAAUUCAGUUUACGAACACUGUGUGAAAAUUGCUGUUUUGUGGGUUUUAGAAAUAUUUGUUUUUGUUUGAGAGAAAAUAAGUAGAAAAACCAAUCAUGACAGACGAGGCAUUCGCCAUCCUUUUCCUGGUUAUUAUCAUAGGCACUCCAUUUUGCGGUGCUCAGAAGUGUUACAACAUGGAGAACUUCUUCCAGUGCGAAGACGUAACAGAAAAAUUCCCAUCGAUCAUCUACGAGAAAUUCGGCCUGAAAUGCGAAGAUUGCAAACUAGAAACCUUCACUUCGGCCACAUUUCCUUUCGAAAACAGCUUGAAAAGCUUCGAUGUGUCUUUUAGUGGAUUGAAAUCCAUUAAAUCUGAAGCAUUCAAAAAGUUACAGUCUCUGGAAUAUCUACACCUGGAUAACAACAACAUUAAGAAUAUCUCCAAUCGUGCUUUUCAAGGAUUGAACCAACUUUACGAACUCCACUUGCAGCAGAACCUGAUUGAAUCACUCAAUCCUGGAUUUCUGGAAGGAGGUUCCAGUAAUUUUAUCAAUCUCUCCCAUAAUGCAGUUACUGAAUUACUGCCUGAAGUAUUUCGUGGAGCAACCACGCUCCUAACUCUAGACUUUUCUUACAACAAAUUAAAUAAAUUGUACAAAGACUCAUUUCAAGGCCUAGAAAACCUGGAAGUUUUGGAUUUAUCAUAUAACAACUUGUGUCAUUUUCCUUUAAGCAUCUUUAAAAACCUGUCAGUGUUACGUAGACUUGACUUAUCGAAUAACAAGUUUAAAAGAUUCAAUUUAGGGACUUUUUCUGGAUUAAAAAACAUAAACUUCUUGAACUUGGCGAAUAAUUCUGUAGUGAACUUCGAUCCAGCUAUUUUAUUACCAAUGAGAUACCUGACUAGCUUAGAUAUUAGCGGAAAUGGGAUAUACGGGCUGGAUGUAAUGGAUGUUCAUUUAAAUAUACCUAGUCUAAAAUCAAUCUACUUGGAAGAUAAUGUUUUUUCUUGUACGAUGUUGAAGAAUGUGCUUCAAUUUCUGAGAGAAAAAAGAAUCGACGUGUUGCAGAAUGUCGAGAGGUUUGAUUAUGAGAAUAUAGAUGCUAUAGCUUGUAUCGAAGAUUAUGUGAUGAAUGACAGUAUUUCGGUUGAGUAUUUCUUGCAGAAAUCAAAAGAAUACGCCAAUCAGUUGGAGAGUUACUGUUGGAAUUCUACUGGAUCUGCCAUACUAUCCAUGCAAUCUAAAGGAUUCAAGAAGCUAGAGUCUCUGGAAUACCUACACCUGGAUAACAACCAAAUCAGGAACAUCUCCAGUCGUGCUUUUCAAGGAUUGAACCAACUUUACGAACUCCACUUGCAGCAGAACCUGAUUGAAUCACUCAAUCCUGGAUUCCUGGAAGGAGGUUCCAGUAAUUUUAUCAAUCUAUCCCAUAAUGCAGUUACUGAAUUACUGGCUGAAGUAUUUCGUGGAGCAACCACGCUCCUAACUCUAGACUUUUCUUAUAACAAACUAAAUAAAUUAUACAAAGACUCAUUUCAAGGCUUAGAAAACCUGGAAGUUUUGGAUUUAUCAUAUAACAACUUGUGUCAUUUUCCUUUAAGUAUCUUUAAAAACCUGUCAGUGUUACGUAGACUUGACUUAUCGAAUAACAAGUUUAAAAGAUUCAAUUUAGGGGCUUUUUCUGGAUUAAGAAACGUAAACUUCUUGAACUUGGCGAACAAUUCUGUAGUAAACUUCGAUCCAGCUAUUUUAUUACCAAUGAGAUAUCUGACUAGCUUAGAUAUUAGCGGAAAUGGGAUAUACGGGCUGGAUGUAAUGGACGUUCAUUUAAAUAUUCCUAGUCUAAAAUCAAUCUACUUGGAAGAUAAUGUUUUUUCUUGUACGAUGUUGAAGAAUGUGCUUCAAUUUCUGAGAGAAAAAAGAAUCGACGUGUUGAAGAAUGUCGAGAGGUUUGAUUAUGAGAAUAUAGAUGCUAUAGCUUGUAUCGAAGAUUAUGUGAUGAAUGACAGUAUUUCGGUUGAGUAUUUCUUGCAGAAAUCAAAAGAAUACGCCAACCAGUUGGAGAGCUACUUUUUGACGAGGAAUUCUACUAGAUCUCGCAUCCUAUCCAUACAAUCUAAAGCAUUCAAGAAGCUAGAGACUCUGGAAUAUCUACACCUGGAUAACAACCAAAUCAGGAACAUCUCCAGUCGUAAUUUCCAAGGACUAAACCAACGUUACGAACUCCACUUGCAGCAGAACCUGAUUGAAUCACUCAAUUCUGGAUUUCUGGAAGGAGGAUACAGUAAUUUCAUCAAUCUAUCCUAUAAUGCAGUUACUGAACUAUUGCCUGAAGUAUUUCGUGGAGCAACCACAUUCCUAACUUUAGACUUUUCUUUUAACAAACUAAAUAAGUUGUACAAAGACUCAUUUAAAGGCCUAGAAAACCUGGAAAUACUGGAUUUAUCAUAUAACAACUUGUGUCAUUUUUCUUUAAGCAUCUUUAAAAACUUGUCAGUUUUACGUAGACUUGACUUAUCCAAUAACAAGUUUAAAAGAUUCAAUUUAGGGACUUUUUCUGGAUUAAAAAACAUAAACUUCUUGAACUUGGUGAACAAUUCUGUAGUGAACUUUGAUCCAGCUAUUUUAUUACCAAUGAAAUACCUCAAGCUUAGUAUUAGUGGAAAUGAGAUAUACGGACUGGAUGUUCAUUUAAAUAUUCCUAGUCUAAAAUCAAUCUACUUGGAAGAUAAUGUUUUUUCUUGUACGAUGUUGAAGAAUGUGCUUCAAUUUCUGAGAGAAAAAAGAAUCGACGUGUUGAAGAAUGUAGGGAGGUUUGACUAUGAGGAUAUCGAUGCUAUAGCCUGUAUCGAAGAUUAUGUGAUGAAUGACAGUAUUUCGGUUAAGUAUUUCUUGCAGAAAUCAAAAGAAUACGCCAAUCAGUUGGAGAGUUACUGUUGAGUGUUUAAUGAUUUAUUUAAUUUUGUUUAACACGAUUUACGUAAUAUAUUACCAAUAAAUUAAGAGAUCUAAAAUAAAAAAACUCUAGUUUA